AUGUCACCAGAAUCACCCACCGAAGUGACAGAACAGUCAAACGGCUCACUUGCCACCCUCAGAUUGGCAAUGCAAAACAUGAAAGGAGGGCGGACCCGGAGGGCGGACCCCAAGAUGUCGUCGAGUGAGAGUGAAGACGAUUUCGAUCACCACAGCAACGAAUCAACGGGGCCCAUCGACUGCAUCGAGGAGGGCAAGAAUCGCGGCUGGUUGGUGAGAGGGAAUGGUGCGAGUUAUCAAAUUCUCGGCGUGUCCGAAGGUGGUGCAGGCGAGAUUCCCGUUAUGGUCUCGGUCCGAACCUACUUGAGAGGAUCUGGACCCGCUACCACUCGCUGCAACGAGGCAGCCACACAGACUCCAGAGACAACGGCUGUUACAACGGCGACAGCCGGGAGUGUUCGGGAGGAUCCCCCACCAUGCUCCGGGUGCGAGACGGAGACCCUGCAGCCGGAGCCGAGGUGUAGGCAAGUCGGUCAUGGCUCCAACGUGCGAACUGACAAGGCCGCCGCCACUUUCGGCCGCCACCAAUCAAGCUGUUUCAGACGCACGGACCUGCCGCCACCCAGCCAAAGACGGAUCUGCUCUCUCGUCUAUACUUCCUCAACUAUUCUUAUCAUGACAAGAGGUAGAUCCAUCGAUAAGACUAUACCGCCAUCCAGAGCGCUUGCUCAGCAGAGGGAUUAUAGAGCGAGAAAAGCAGCCCGGAUAGAAUCACUCGAGGAGGAGUUAGAGAGACUAAGAGCCGAAAAUGAUUCUCUCCGCGCGGAAUUGCGGGAAGCUCGGCUUGGGAACGCUCGAGGGGAUGAUCAGCUCGGCCGGUCCGUCGUGAAUAUCCGCCAACACCUCCUCAAGGCGCUCGACGCUGUCAAUCAGCUAGACGGGGAUUGCUCACCGUCGAGAUCUGGUCCGACUUCCUAUCAUAACCACAACGCAGGCGGCUCACGGUCCGAGAACCCCACGUCCGGUUCCGACAGGCUCAAUACCACCCACAUGACCGGCCAUCCACCUCAAUACCCCUCCCCCUCCUCCUCUUCUCUUCACCCUCCCUCCCUCGACAUAGACUCCUCACUCAGUAUGGAAGUCUACGACCCCACCUGCUGCGCUGGCAUAAUCGACUGUUCCUCUCUCCCACCUGUCGACUCCCAGCCUGAGCCCCCUCAUCCCAAUCCAGUACCUCCGCGUCCAGAUGUGGAACGCGCUACGCCGGCGGUGGAGGUAUCGUACGAUGCAGAAUGCUGCGGAGGGAUCUUUGAUUGCUCUCACCUACCGCCGGCAGAAGAUGGGGAGGCGGAGAAGGAGGAUAGGCGGGCGUUGUCGCAUUGUCGGGCAGAGGAGCGGGUUGUGCCGUAG